AUGGGCUACCCCGAUACUUUCCACGGCUUUGCCGUCGACGGCCCCAAGACCUGGAACCAGUUCAAGAAGACCGAGCUCAAGCCCAAGCCCUUUGAGUCCCACGACAUUGACGUGCAGAUCGACGCCUGCGGCGUGUGCGGCUCCGAUGUCCACUCCGUCACCGGCGGCUGGGGCGACUUCAAGGGUCCCCUCUGCGUCGGCCACGAGGUCGUGGGUCGCGCCGUCCGCGUGGGUGACCAUGUAAAGGGCAUCUCGGUGGGCGACCGCGUCGGCGUUGGCGCCCAGGUUCAGUCGUGCCUCGAGUGCGACAUGUGCAAGUCCAAGAACGAGAACUACUGCCCCAAGAUGGUGGACACGUACAACGCGCAGUACGCAGAUGGCAGCUGGGCGCACGGCGGCUUCGCCAGCCAUAUCCGCGCCCACGAGUACUUCACCUUCCGCAUCCCCGAUAAGCUUGAGUCAAAGGUGGCCGCCCCGCUACUCUGCGCCGGAAUCACCACCUACUCCCCGCUCGUCCGCGCCGGCGUGGGACCUGGCAAGCGCGUCGGUGUCCUCGGCAUCGGCGGCCUGGGCCAUCUGGGCAUUCAGUUCGCCAACGCGCUCGGCGCCGAGACGUACGCCCUCACCACGUCCGAGGACAAGGUGGCGGACGUGAAGAAGAUGGGCGCCAAGGACGGCAUCGUCACCACCAAGGACGGCUGGGCCGACCAGUGGACCAACAAGUUCGACUUUGUCCUCUGCUGCUCCGACAUGACGCACAGGUACGACCUGGCCACGCUCCUCACCCUGCUCAAACCCAUGGGUGACUUCCACAUGGUCGGCCUGCCGGACAAUGCGCUGCCUCAACUCACUGCCGGGACGUUUGCGGGCAACGCCCCCAAGCUGACAGGUUCGCAUAUUGGUAACCAUCAGGAGAUGGACGCCAUGCUGGCCCUGUGCGCUGAGAAGGGCCUUGGUCCCUGGGUCGAGACGCUGAGCGUUGGCGAGGCUGGCUGCAAGGAGGCAAUAGAGCGUGUGCGCGAGAACAAGGUGCGCUACAGGUUUACGCUCGUCGACUUUGAAAAGGCCUUCAAGGACGAGAGGAAAGAUUAG